AUGCAGAACUCAAGCCUCUUUCAUCGGGGCACAGACUUCCUUCUACUCCUUCCUUUUGCACUCUCGCCGCCUCCUCCCGGGGAGAAGCCGAGGCCCCGGCGGCCCCGGGCAGCGACAGGCCGGUCCACUGAGGCCGUGCGAAAAGUUUCUUUCUGGGAGUGUGGAACUGGAGCCGGGUUGGUGUACUGCUCGGAGCAAUGGGGGUGGGGUGGGGGAGGGCGGCCCGCCGGUUUAGUGGGAGCAAGGAAACCCGGAGCGCGAUCAGGAAUCAAGACCCGUUUCCCCGCCUGCGUCGGAGACUUUCGAAUCCUCGGAGCGGCCCUGCGUCUCACCACUUCAUUUGUCUGUAGUGAUCGCUUGUGCCGCAGGAAUGGGAGAGCAGCUUCAGACGUUAGCCUGGGGCGGGUGCGUUCGCUCUGCCCCGGGACGCGCACGGAGGCCGGGUGGCAGGCUGCUGUCCCAAGCAGCGGGUGCGCGUCCCCGCGCUCUUGUGUUCGUUUUGCAGAGCCUGCCUUUGGGGAGGUGAACCAGCUGGGAGGAGUGUUUGUAAACGGGAGGCCGCUGCCCAACGCCAUCCGGCUUCGCAUAGUGGAACUGGCCCAACUGGGCAUCCGACCGUGUGACAUCAGCCGCCAGUUAAGGGUCUCUCACGGCUGCGUCAGCAAGAUCUUGGCGCGCUACAACGAGACAGGCUCGAUCUUGCCAGGAGCCAUCGGGGGCAGCAAGCCCCGGGUCACUACCCCCACAGUAGUGAAACACAUCCGGACCUACAAGCAGAGGGACCCCGGCAUCUUCGCCUGGGAGAUCCGGGACCGCCUGCUGGCCGACGGCGUAUGCGACAAGUACAACGUGCCCUCCGUGAGCUCCAUCAGCCGCAUCCUGCGCAACAAGAUCGGCAACUUGGCUCAGCAGGGCCAUUACGACUCCUACAAGCAGCACCAGCCGGCGCCUCAGCCAGCGCUGCCCUACAAUCACAUCUAUUCGUACCCCAGCCCCAUCACGGCGGCGGCUGCCCAGGGUGCCCCACCNNCCGGGGUGCCCGCCAUCCCCGGCUCGGGGGCCAUGCCGCGCACCUGGCCCUCCUCGCACUCGGUCACUGACAUCCUGGGCAUCCGCUCCAUCACCGACCAAGGAGUGAGCGACAGCUCCCCCUACCACAGCCCCAAGGUGGAGGAGUGGAGCAGCCUGGGCCGCAACAACUUUCCUGCCACCGCCCCGCAUGCGGUGAACGGGCUGGAGAAGGGAACCUUGGAGCAGGAAGCCAAGUACGGUCAGGCACCAAAUGGUCUCCCAGCUGUGAGCAGUUUUGUGUCAGCAUCCAGCAUGGCUCCUUACCCUACCCCGGCCCAAGUGUCGCCUUACAUGACCUACAGUGCUGCGCCUUCUGGUUAUGUCGCUGGACACGGGUGGCAACAUGCCAGCGGCACCCCGCUGUCCCCCCACAACUGUGACAUUCCCGCGUCGCUGGCGUUCAAGGGAAUGCAGGCCGCCAGAGAAGGUAGUCAUUCUGUCACGGCUUCCGCACUCUGAUGGGAAAUUCCGUCUCCAGCAGCUUCCCCAGGUCUCCCCCACUCAGUGCAACCUCCCCCUCCUCUCAAGUCUCACAACUCAGCUCUCCUGCCCGCCAACCCUCCUGCCUCAAGAGCUGGCUUUAUAGACUCACCUCCUUUGUGCUGAUGACACUUAAAUAUUUCUUGCCAUAACCUCUCUCACGCAGAA